AUGUACGACCGGGCUCCACGCCUGCUGGGCCCUGCAGGAGGCGGCAGUACUGAGAGGCACGUGGGGCCUGCGUCCUACCAGGUGUCCCUCCCUGAGCAGCGCUCGGCAGGUGGAUAUGCACCUUUCCUUUCUUCAGCUGCUAGAGAAAGUACUUUUACUAUUGCCUUAAACACUGAGAAAUGUGCCCCAGGUCCAGGACAUUACAAUGUUUCAGAAAAACAGUGUACUAUUAAAGGAGGCCAUAGUCUACAAAACCGGGAGAAACGUUUCCAGAAGUUUAUUUCAGAUACUCCAGGACCAGCAAGGUACAAUCAAUCUUAUCCUGGAAUCGAUAUUAUGAACAGAAAAAUACCAGAGGCUAAAGAGCAUCUUCAAUCAAAAUAUUUAAAGUCAUCAAUGGUUUCCAGAAUUAUUGAUGUUCCUUCAAUUCCUUCUUGCGGACAAUCAUAUGGUUAUGAUAUUAGUGAGGAUGACAAUAUUAUAAAACAGUUUCCACCAGACAGUGACAGUACACUAGGACCUGCAUAUUAUAAGCCUCAAUUUAACUUUUCCAAUGCAACUUUGAAAUACAAAGGGAUAAAUUUUGGCAGCUCUUUGGGAAGAAUUGUGUUUCCUGUAAAACCAGGGCCUGGUCCUGGAAAGUAUAACAUAGUUGAGAAACAGAUAACACACUAUGAAAAUAUUAACAUUAAGAAGAAUCAGCAACAAAAUUAUUGCCCAUUUCUCCCAAGACUUUAUGAAAUUAUAAUAAUACAAGAGGGAAAAAAGGACAUACCAGGGCCUGGGAAAUAUGACAUUAAAAGUCAGUUUCAGAAGACAGAAAAUGUGACAGAAAAAGUAAAUCAAACAUCACCUGCUUUUCUUUCUCAAUCCCAGAGAUUUAUGCCCAUAAAAUCAAUCAUCCCAGCUCCUGGCACAUAUAAUGACUCUCGAACAGCUUUUAAUUCUUCAAAGAAAACACAAACUCUGAAAAGUGCCCCAUUUGGUCAAAUAGCUGAUCGAUUCACACAGGUUUCCAAGGGACAGGAAAUUCCAGGUCCUGGGUUCUAUAAUAUCCAGAAAACUGCCAUGACAGAAAACAUUAGCAGCAACUGCUUGAAGAAAAAAAAGAAAAGUGCAUUUGGUUCUUCGGUUGCUCGAACUUUCUUCCAGAUUGAGAAAGAUAAUUUUACUACUCCUGGUCCUGCUGAUUAUCAGGCCAAUGGAAUUUCUGAUGAACUACCUAACUUGACUAACAGAUAUGCUGCUUUCCUAUCAAGAACAGAAAAAACUACCAAGCCGUCAGCUAUGGAUAUUCCCGCUCCAGGCAGCUAUGAUGUACACAAAUCAUAUGAGCUUUCCCAAGUUCAACAUACAUACAUGCCACCACGUAGUUUAGCGGCUAAAAUUAGACAUGCCUCCUUUCUUAGCACAACUCCUCGAAGUCUAGACAAAACAACUGAUAAUCCAGGACCUGCAGCAUACGAUCCUGUUUUAUCAAAAUCUUGUUGCAUACCUUUAUUUGUUAGGACAUCAAAACGUUUUAAAGAUUUAAAACAUAUUUCUCCAGGUCCAGCAACAUAUGAGCUUAGUCCAUUUUUAAGACAUUCUGUUCUGAAGAAAACAUUUAAUGUCACUUUAUCAAAAUCUGGCGUGAUUAAGAGUGGAAACACUUCUACUAUGGAACAGAAAGUAAAUAAACGUCUGAGAAAGAAAAAUUAA